CGGUCUACCUCUGGGCUGCACCCACUACGACCUGCUGGUCGGGAGGCAUCGAGUCCCAGAGUUCAUUCCAGAGCGUUCAAACCUCAGUUAGUCACAACUCGCGCGUAAAGCAUGCCCCUUUCGGUUUAACGCGUGUUAUCGAUGUUUGUCAAACAGUGACCAAGACAAUUAGUGGUAAUAGACGAAAUCCUGGACGGGAAUUUGGCCGGUUUCGUUGAACGGUUUUGCGAUUUAUUUCUGCCGGAAUUCUACGUUGUUAAAAAAUGGUUCAUAUGCAUGUAACUCAGACGAGCUCUCCGAACAUCAGCACAGUCAUCGUGGAAGUCGAUGGCGGUAUACGAAAUCCAGCCUGUCAAGAUGACCUUCAUGACAAUUGUUAUUCGGAAAGGCAAGACUGCCAAUCGAUCAGCAGACCUACCACUAAUAAAUCUACGGAACUAUUGACGAUCCAAAGCAUCGAGAGGUUGGACGACACAGGUGUCGUCGGCAACACCGUGGAUCCAACGGGGACAAGUUCGGGGUCCAAGGGUGCCCGCGAGAAGAUCAUGAAUGCUUGUCGAAGUCUUUGGAACUGGCGACUACUAAUCGACAUCCUAAUCGUCGUAACAGUGUUCGUCUUCAUCGGUGUCGUUGAAUUUGGAAUUUUCCCCCAACAGCAGAUUGGUUUUUACUGUAAUGAUCCAGGGCUCUCUUUUAAAUUCACUGGGGAUACUAUCUCUUACUCCGUUCUUCUGGGAUGCAGUGUUAUUUUGCCAUUGAUAGUGAUGUGGUUAGCUGAAUGGUCCUGCUAUAAACCAGACAGCUAUAAGAGCUUGAGGCCAGGAUGCGUUGGAACCAGAGGAAAACAGAUAUGGACGUGGUAUGGACAUUACGCAACAGCAUGUGUCACCAUAACAUGCGUACUUCAGUUAGUCAAAACUCUUGUCGGUGCACCAAGGCCCCACUUCUUUGAUACGUGUAAACCACGCGAAAUGUACAAUUGCACAGAAACGUAUGUUCAAUAUUACACAUGCACUAAUACAGAAACCAGUACCUGGGUUGUAUCCGAUGCAAGCAAAUCUUUUCCGUCCGGACACUCAAUUCUGUCUACGUAUACCUCGGUUUACAUAAUUUGGUACCUCCAAAAACGUCUUCCCAAUCGAGCGUUAACCACUCUGUUCAAACCCUGGAUGCAGUGCUUGGUUCUUUGCUGGGGCAUCGUCUGCUGUAUGACUAGAUUAAGCGAUCACAGACAUCACUGGUGGGAUGUCCUUGCUGGAAUUAUUAUGGGAAUUGCUGCUGGUUUUUACUGCGUCAAAGUGAAUUGCAAGGAAUUUGUUCUUAAAGACGAUAGCUCUGAUUGGGCUCGUGGUGAGUCUGUUGAAAAUGGGCACCAUGGUUAUGACAAUAGACGGCAUCAGAGCGUUAGAAAACUAUUAAGUAACACCAGCGUAGAAAAUCGAGAAAUGGGUGACGUCGUCACACCUAGCUGGAAAGAAUGAAUUGACUUUCUCUCGAUGAAAUUGAGAGAUAGUUGUGAUUACCGAAAUUAUUGUUAUCGUUGUUAAAUGUGUGUAAAUGGUUGAAUGCGUGUAUUUAGUAAACUAUACGGCCUAUACCCUCACUUUAAUAUUUUAUGAUGAGAAACAAAGGAACAGUUGUGUGUCUGCACGUUGUAAAGCCCGCCUAAAUUUUAUAGAAUGUACACUUCAUUCUUGUGAAUAUUUUUACUUUUCCGUACAUAUGUGUAUAAGUUUGGACAGGUAUAUGUGGGCCAAUUACGUGCGAUAGAAUAUUGAUUUGAAAUAACUCACUUGGUUUUCAUUACCGGACCUCGAAUCAUCCAAGUCGAAUUGAGUAAAAUAACUCAUAUGUAUCCGCAAGAAAUCAAUUGUUAUUCUGUACUAGUUAAAAAAAUGCAUCACACAGGUCGAAUAAUUUGUAUAUACUUGUAAAGAUUAAUGUUACGAAAUAAUUUAUAUUAGAAUGUAAUGUUAUUUAAAUAAUAAAUAUUUUGGUGACCAGUAUUUUAAUACUUAGGACAGUGGUGUACCACCUCAUGAUAUCGUGUUAUAUAGUCCAAAAAAUAUGACUAUAGAUUUUAUUGAAUUGUACAUAUCAUACGGUAUAUAUACCUAUAUAUAUACACAUAUCAAAUAUAUAAUUGAAGUAA